UUCAAGUUUGAGGAUAAAAUAAAAAUAAAAAUUGAUGUACCACCGAUGAGUAACAUUCUUGUGAACCCGCCGGAGAUAACAUUUUUGGUGACGGACAAGAAUUUUUUGAUGAUGCAUUUAUACCUUCCGUUUCGGUUCGUUCUGCCGAAGGGACGCGAUUGGUCGAGGACGGAGAGUCCGCGUUGCCGUUGCACGAUUACGACUUCGGAUUUUAUGCCUUACAUCCUGCCGUUUAAACCUCCGAAGUUACAACGAAAGAUUGCAGGCGAAGAGACGGACGAUAACGACGAUGCAGACAGCGACAUAGAAGAAAUUUCCGAUGAGCCUUCUUCCACUCAACGAGUUCGAAACCCGACACCGCCGUUUGCACUACAUUCUCAGGCUGCUGCUCCGUUUUAUAAGUUGGAAUGGCCUACCGCGCCAGUGGGGCGACGUUUUCCUGUUGAAGAAUCACUAUCGCGUCGUCUUUCUAGUAGUACAACGUUUCAAAUGUCCUAUAUCUCUCAGUUUCUCAACUAUCGUGCUAACGAGGAAGUAGUCUACGCCGUGAGUCGAGCAGCUCGGCACAAAUGGAAAGAGCUCGGUGAAGCUCUCUAUUACCAUGAAUACGAACUCGCGGACAUCAUCGAGUCUCACAGGCUCAAAGAGUGUGAAGAAGCUAGAAAAGAAAUAGAGGAAUUCAGCGACAAGAAGAAACUCCGCGUGAUACUCAAUGACUGGUGUUACCGUCUAAAAGACAAGGCCACCGUUGGAAAGCUACUCGACGCUUGUGCGGACGAAGACGUGAAGAUGAAGGCUGAAGUCGUAUCUAAACUUGUUAAAGUAGCAAUCAAUUGGUCUUAAGACGAGCUGUGGGAUAUUUAUUGGGACGAAAUUCGUACUUCUGACGUCUGUAUGAGUGCCUGCAUGUUUUCGUAGCUAGACGUUCAGUGUAUUGAAAUAUAUG